AUGAGGAAGUACUGUCUACUGGCGCUGGUGCCCUUGGCCGUGCUGGCCGUUGGUCGCCCUCCGGCGGCCGUCUUCGAGGAUGUGUUCGAGCUGGGACGCGCUCCUCCCACCGCGGCCUACCUAUCGAACAACGAAAACCGGAAUGGCAUGAAGGCGUAUCUGCGCAAAAAGUACCGACACCUGCGGGAUCCGGUUUCGCAGGGUUCGGGAAUGGCCGCCUACACGGCCGCACACGAGCGGUACCAGAACUCGGAGGAAACCCGGAACGAUCGCAUCCGGAUGGAGAACCUUCGCAAAGUGGCCGCCUCGGUCCGUACGAAGCGACUCGAUGGACAGCAGCAGCAGCAGCAACAGCGAUCUGGAAAGCAACCGAAACGAAUCGACAUCAUCCCGCGGGAAGUGUUCAAGUUUGAGCUGGCCGAUGCGAUGAUUUUCGGGGACACGAAUGGCAAAUCCGAUGGCACCGAACCGAAGGCGAUCCGCAGCAAGCGAUCGAACGACGAGAAGCGCAUCGAGCCCGUCCCAAGGGAACUCUUUCGCUUCGAGCUGGCCGAUGCGGUAAUCUCACCGAGGAAAGCGAAACUACUUGGUGGUGGUGCUGGUGCGGCCCGAGGACCAGUGAAUGGCACGAUCACCGGCGAGGAGACCGGAUCUCGCCAUCGGCAUCGACGAUCGGCCAGUCCCGAUCCGCGCGAUUACGUCAAAUUCGAGCUGGAGGACGCCAAAGCACCGGAGGGCUAUACGCGUGGCUUGCACCCGGUGACCACCGGCAGCCCGACCACGAAAGUGACGACAAAACCGCCGGUUAACCUGCGCCAUCCGUUCACCUCCUCGGAUAGCUACAAGCGGGGUAAGGUGUUUGAUGAGAUCGUCGAACGACCGGAACCGGAAUCGCAGCCGAGUGGACGCAAACGUGUGCCAAGCAGAAAGGAAAAGCGGGAAAAACAGGAGGAAGCUGUUGACAUGAGCCCCGAGGAAUCGCGCCGCAUCAAGGUACGCGGUGGUAAAAAACCGAAACAGAUCGCCAACUACGACGAUCUACCGCUCGGGGUGCAGAAAGCGAUCGACAUCGCGAUCAAGGAGAGCGAACGGAUGAACGGUAAAGGUGUGACGGUGUCUUCGGAGACGGGAACGGUAGCACCAGCAGCAGCAGCACCACCACCAACCAAGUACUUCUUUGGUGAUAAGAAACCGAAAACGAAAAAGCCGUACAGUGCGACGACGAAAAUCACGGAACCCAAGUUUGUGCCGAGUGCAAAGAUCGCGGAAACGAGACUCCCGUCGGUGGAGGAAGCAUCGAAUGGGGAGACCGGCUUUCUGCCAAGCCAACCGAUGAUGCCGAUCACCGGUGGGCAGGAUAAGAAGGACAGGAAGACGUCCGCAAAUCCGCAAGGCAGGGAGUCUGCGUCAAGCAGUACGCUGCAGGGUAUACCGAAGGCCUGGUGGUCAUAUUCGGAUUUGCGACGCCCGAAGCGAUUAUAUCACAAGUCGGUCCAUCCGCAGCAACAACUACCACAACCGCUGGUCAUUAGCCCGCAGUAUGUGAGCACCUUUAAGCCGUCGGGUGGUGAGCAGAGCAAGGCGAAUGAUCUAUCGCCGGGCUACCAUCAUCGGCAUACUGCGACCGCGACAUUGUUUACGCCAACCUCCCAGGCCACGGAGGAAGUGGUUAUUAAAGAGCGACCCAAGAUCCAGUACGUGAUCAAGGAGAUUCCGGUGCCGGUGCAGGUGAAGCAACCGCGCACGAAGAUCACCGUUCAGCCGAGUAUCUCGAUCUCCUACGAUAAGGACAUUACUGGUCCGGGUUCGAGUGAAUCCCUUCGUGGGUAUGACAAUCCUUAUGGACCGGUUGAACUCCAGUACGAUCACCAGCAACAGCAGCAAUACCAGCCGCAACCUCAAUACAAGGAACCGGCCAAAUCGUUCCAGAAUAUGAAAAUUGUAAUCCCAGACCCGAAGGAGGAAUCCCGGGAACAGGAACAGUACUACGAUUACGAGAACUACAAUCACCGGACGAUCGCAUCGACACAAAGCCCUCCUCCGACCCACUCGAAUGAGAUCGAUACGACCGGAAGCAGUAUUGCGGCACUGUCCGCCCUGAUCGGUCAGCGACCAAGUGUGCAGUUGAAGGGUCUCAAUGAGCUACUGCACAUGCCCGUCCAGAUGGGCAACCAUCAUCAGCAGCAACAGCAGCAACAGGCAGCAAACAGACCACAGGACAGUACGGCACCGAUCACGUUCCCUGAAUCGUCUACACCGACACCAAAGAUCUCACGACCGGGCUAUCGGUCGGUACAGAUCGAGAAUGGUCCGAAGAUCGUGUACGACGAUAGCCUUUACCAUACCGUCCAGAUGAAUCCACAGUUGCAGGUUCCGAUGAGUAAGGAGUAUACACCGAUCAGUGAAGUCGUCUCGGAUGUGGCGGAUGCGGAUCUGAUCGGACCAACGAUUGCACCACCGACCCAUGCUACGUACGUCAUCGGUACGGCUAAAUCGACACCGGCACCGAUCGAGGAACAUCACGCCGAGUUCCACGAGGAAGAGGCCGAGGGUCACGAAACGAACGCGUAUCGACACAUCAACGUCCACAGUACAGCGGCACCACCGAUACAUCAUCAUCCAGAGUCAGUUUCGCAUCAUUAUCAGGAGCAGCAUCACCAUCAUCAUCAUCACCAUGAUGGUGCCUCGGACGAGCACUACGAUGACUCGGAAGGAUACGCCUUCGGGUAUCGAGUGCGUGAUUUCCACACCGGAAAUGAUUUCGGUCACGUCCAGAACCACGAUAAUGGGGUGACACGUGGUGAGUACCAUAUACUGCUGCCGGAUGGACGCGUCCAGAACGUACGGUACACGGCCGACGAGAAAGGAUUCCACGCGGACGUCACCUACGAGAGUGUACAUCCGGCGCCGCAUCAGCAUUAA